UUCAAUAUUACUGAGACACCUUCAAAUCUAAUAACAGGACUGAACACAUGGACAGCAAGUUGUCUUUAAUUAAUAUGCACACCGUAAUUCUGGGCUCCUGGAGAGAGUUUUGGACAAGGCCUUGAGAAAAGACAGGCUUUCAGUGGUGGACAUUGAGGUACCUACAUACGAGCUACCAUUACCAGAGGGUGUGGGUGAGGAAAAACUUCACCAAGACAACCUGAGCGCCCGUCAGAUUGAGGAGACGUGGAGAGAACUACUACUCGAGAUGACCUCUGGGAGUGGAUAGCGGACCAUCUAGCAGCCGAUUGGACGACUGUCACUCAACUCAAGAUGGAGGAGAGUAAGAGAGAUCCAUCAGAGGAACCAUUUCGCUCCCUCUACACCGCCAGGGAGUUGCUGUCAGGUAUGAGGGCUAAACUGGAUGCCUGUCCUCUCAAAGAGCUCGAGGAUUUCACUAUUUUCUCGUGUUUUGUUGGACUGGAAAUGGCCCUACCCCCCACAUAGUAUCGCAUGUUGAGCAGUCACGAGGUGGACACGUACGGUAGUAACGAGCACCACUUCAGUCUGGCCCACAAAACUGCCCUCCAUGGCCGCCUGCCCAUCAUACAGUUCCUAGUGGAGAGUGGACUGCCCUCCUCCGCACUGCAGAUACCAGAUGACUCAUUCACCACACCCGCCAUGCUCGCUAUACAGGUGGUUCAGUGGAGUGUCUCCAAUGGCUAGUGGAGGAGGCUAAGAUCCCCUUCCAAGUGAGGGACACUAGGGGAGAGACUCUCAUGCAUCACGCUGCGUUAUAGGGCUGCUCAUGGACUUUGGCUACAGCAUGGUCCACACGGACAGGGAGAACCAGAAGCCGGUGGAUUGGGCUGAUGCUAUGGGUCAGAAUAUCUGUGUCCUCUAUCUCAUGAUGUACGAGACUUGUUGGGCACUCUCCGGAGAACUGACACACAUGGCCGAGCAGCUCGCUAUUGUACAGAAGGAGAAUGGACAGUUACGAGAUGCAUUCUCCAGUCUAGAGAAAGAGCAUGAAUCUGCCAUUACUAAACUGCUGACUAGUCACGAGGAGAGACUGACUAAGAUGAGGGAACAUCACGUCGACCUCAUGGGCAUCGAUACUGCACAUGAAUCAGGACACUCCGCCCACUGGAGGGGGAGGGGCUACUUCACCAUCAGCCAAUAAGAACAGGGGUCAAGUGCCUGUGCGGAAGGCGCCCCCUGAACCACCCACUACCCCUCAACGAUCCUCCAAUCGUCCCCCUGUACCCCCGGAUCCUGCCGCUAAGAAGAGGUCGCAAGAGUCAAAGGACAGAGGUCAUGAGGCGGCAGAUAAAGGGGAGGACUAUAAUACCAUUGACUAUCGAACAGCCACCCCCCAAGAAGUGUUAGAGAAGCAGAUGACGUCAGUAGCUCAGCGUAUGAAUGCUAAUGGAGAGGCUCGUAAACGUGGUGGUGGUAUGACCCGAACCUUCUCCCCCCUCACUCCUAUCAUACAGCGCCUCUACAGCAAGUCAGAUGAGGCUGAUAGCAAGAGUGAGAGGUCCUCCAGGAGCCAGAGACACACAGAAGACGCUAGGAGAUCGGCUCCGAAAGUCAAGUUCUCUAAAACUAUUACCGAGUUUCCAGACUACAGUCACUAUGACAACCCGACAGAGAUGAAAUCAGUAUCAAGCCCAGGUCAAAGUCCGUCCCAUAGUCACCAUGGCAAGUUGGUUGGGGACUCGCUGAGGGUCAAAGAUAGUAGAGGAAGGGAUUGGAAACGGGAUCACGUGAGCUUAUACUUGCAACGUGAGGCCUCUGGGACCGUGCGCGUUGCAACCAAUAGAAACCUUGAGGUGUGAUUUUACUGGUUUUGAGGUCAAGAGAAGCUUUUGAAAAGAAACAAAUGAGAGGAUACUAGUGUCGAUGUGUGGCAAGAACUUGGACUGAGAAAUCACUGGAAGAACAUUGAUAGAUAAAAAUUCAUGUAUAAUUAUGUUUAGACCAUGCUUAUACCUUUUAUUGAUUGUUCAUUGUUGUCUAUGCAUGAUCGUAAGCUUUUAGUUUAGCAUAAACUGCCAUUAUAAUUAUUAGUGCACAAAAAGUUUAUUGCAAGCUCAGCACUUUACCAAUAUUCAAACUGUGGAGUGCUAAUUAGUUAUUUUGUUAAUUGUAAUUGUGCGAAGAGUUUAUAACGAUAUUGAUAUUUUUUAUCGUGUUGAGUUGCAACAAAAUUUUAUUGCAUAUAAUUAUAGUUAUUAUGA